UGCACGGUCUGUAGACUGUAUAUGCGAUGACUAAUCUGACUCCACCGAUUCUCCAAUGCUUUCUAGGAACGGUACAUAAAAAUAUUAUUGUACUCGUAUUAUCGAUCUAAAGCGCACUGUUUUCUCGUGCAUUCUUAGAAUUAAGCAGCAGUACUGUUUCAUAAUGUCUCUACCAUGAUCCGGUAUUGAUCUGUUGUUCACUGAUUGAAACACACCAUUGGGUUCUUCACUUUUUAACUUAUCGAGCGACGGUUUCAGUAUUUUCUAUGUUUCGUUCAUACCGUUGCAGUUAUUUUAUGAGCAGUUGAGCACCUUAUGCGGAUGUAAUAUUUCCAGCGCUAAAAGUACUGAAAUUCAACCUCCGUUUUAUAACAGAAUUAUACACAUGUGUCACUACUGUAAAUUGCCUGUGUUAUAAACGGCCAUAAUUAUGGAAGGACCUCCUUACAAAUCCAUUGGCAAGCAAGAAGUGCCAGCUAUUGAGAAGAUUCCCAAUCGUCGUUUGAUUACUGCGUUUGCUGCCGUUCAGAUUGCGUUCGCCAUCAUCCUCUUCGUGCUGACCAUCAUCGAUCUCUGUGUGAAUGAGGGUGAUGCGCCGUUUAUGAACAGCGUAAUCGGAUCGGGUAUCUGGUUGGGAAUCAUCUUCAUCGCCGCUGGAUCAUUCGCGAUCGCCUGGAUUCGAAUGCCACCAUCGGAGGGGCAAACAAAACGGUUUUGGCGCUUCUUGAAGACAGCGUUGGUUUUAAGCGCAGUUUCGUUUGCCUUCACUGUCAUUGUGGCGCCGCUGUCGUUUUGGUUUCCCUUGAUUGCCGAACACAAUCCCAUGAAAAAUAUGGGAUUUACAUUCUUCGCCAUUUAUCUACUGAUGUUCAUCGUCAAUUUAGGACAACUGAUUACCUUGAGUAUUACUCGGCGUAAACUGAGAAAUUCGAGCAAAGUCACGGUUGUCUACCAAAGCUGAGCAAGACGCCAGUUCAGCCUAGUGCCAAAUUUUCAGUCCAAAGAUUUUCUUCGCGUUUAAUCAAAUAUGUGGCUGCUUUUGGCCGGAAUCAACGAUGUACGUUUUGUACAGGGUGACUUUUCAAUGUUUUUGUGGGAACAGAUAUUCUUGAGACCGGGUCUUUUAAUGGACUCUUUUUAAACCAAAAUUAUGUCUUGGUAUACAGAAAUGUAACUCGCUGACUCCAUAAUACGUAAUUUUGUAUAUUUACGCCUCGCAACUAUUCGAGUACUCUGCAGAUGUUUUUGUUUGUAUGACAGUAUGAACUAUGAAGUACAACUGGGGUUGUUUUUUUGUCUGUUGCAAACGCAUACCUAUAUAUAUUUGAAUUACAAAGCG